AGAGCAUUUAAAUUAUAUACUGCAUAAUAGUCUGGGUUCUUUCCAUGGAAGAGUUUGUUGUACUUUGCACCCUUUAGGAAAUAUACGGUGGUAGGAUUAUUCAGCAGAUGUUAAGAGCAGUUGAAAGACACGUAAAUAGAAGUCAUUUUUCAUUAAUAUCCAAAAAUGAGCAAGCAAGCUAUUCAUUUAGUUAGUCUCUCACAGAAUGACUAUCAGACACACCCUCUCUUUCCUUGUGUUUCCCCCAGCAGUGAACACAUGGGUGAAAGUGAUGAGAACGUGGAACGAGGCAACUGGUCUUCGAAGACAGACUACCUGCUCUCAAUGAUCGGCUGUGCUGUGGGUCUGGGCAACGUCUGGAGAUUCCCUUACCUGGCUUACAGGAAUGGAGGAGGAGCAUUUCUCAUUCCCUACACAGUCAUGCUGGCACUUAUUGCAAUGCCAAUGUUUUUCUUGGAAACUUCCUUCGGGCAGUUUGCUAGCCUUGGUCCUGUCGCAGUGUGGAAAGCUGUGCCAAUGCUACAAGGUGUGGGAAUCACCAUGGUCCUUUUCAGUACAAUUAUUGAUAUUACCUACAACUGCAUCAUCGCCUACAGCCUGUUCUACCUGUUUGCUUCUUUCCAAUCUCCUCUGCCAUGGUCAGACUGCUUCAGCUGGUGGGGUGCAGAUGAAACCUGUAGUCGGACACCCAGAGAUCCGCUCUGCAACCUCACUCUAUACGGCGGAUAUUCUGAAGUCGUUAACACAACCUGGCUGCAGGCAAACAACAAAACCUGUUCCAAUGGAUCAGAAAUCUAUGUUCCUCACCAAGGCCCAAGUGAACAAUACUGGGAAAAGUUUGUUUUACGCCGCGCAAGUUCAGUGGGCGAGACAGGGGAGAUAGUCUGGUACUUGGCCCUCUGUCUGCUUCUGGCCUGGCUGAUCGUUUGUGGAGCACUUUCUAAAGGAAUCAAAUCUUCAGGAAAGGUGGUUUAUUUCACUGCAACAUUUCCGUACGUGGUUCUGACUGCACUUCUGAUUCGAGGGCUGACCCUGGAGGGAGCCUGGAAAGGGAUUGAAUUCUACAUUGGAAGCAAGUCGGACUUCUCAAAGCUGGCUGAUGCUGAGGUCUGGAAAGAUGCUGCAACACAAAUAUUUUAUUCACUUGCAAUUGGCUGGGGCAGUUUAAUAACCCUGUCGUCCUACAACAAAUUCAACAACAACUGUUACAGAGACACCAUGAUCGUCUGCAUCAUUAACUGUGCCACGAGUGUGUUUGCUGGAUUUGUCAUCUUCUCCAUCCUGGGACACAUGUCUCACAUACAGGACAAGCCUGUUUCAGAGGUCGCUAAGUCAGGUUUUGGUUUGGCUUUUAUCGUGUAUCCAGAGGCUUUAGCACAGUUGCCGUGGGCGCCUCUUUGGUCCAGCCUCUUUUUCUUCAUGCUGAUCACCCUGGGACUCAGCAGUCAGUGUGUUGCUGUUGAAGCAGUAAUAACGACCCUACUGGAUCAGUUCCCUGGCUUUCUGCGACCAAGGCGUCUGUUUCUUACAGCUGCUGUUUGCCUGAUAUUUUAUUUGAUCAGCCUAACCUGCACAACACAGGCUGGAAUUUACUGGAUAAACUUAAUUGAUCAUUUCUGUGCUGGAUGGGGUGUUCUUGUCACUGCCAAUCUGGAACUUAUCAGUGUGAGCUGGAUAUACGGAGUCAACAGAUUCAUCAAGGACAUUGAGAUGAUGAUUGGGGAGAGGAGUUGGCUCUUCUGGCUGUGGUGGAGAGUGUGCUGGCUAUACGUAUCUCCGUGCUUGAUGGCAGCAAUCGUAGUGUGGUCUCUGGUAACAUUCGCCCCACCAACAUAUGGGCUUGUUGAAUACCCUGUCUGGGCAACAGCUCUCGGCUGGUGUAUGAUCAUCUUCUGUAUUAUGUGGAUCCCCAUCGUUGCCAUUAAGAGAGUUGUCCAAACAGAGGGCUCCACUCUGUGGCAGAAAAUUUCUGUCGCAUGCACAUCAGCUCCUGAUUGGGGCCCGUACUUGGAACAACACCGAGGGAACAGAUACAGGAAGGGGCCUGAAUCUGCAGACGUCCUUUUACAGUGUACAGCUCUGAGCAGUCCCUGAGAUACGAAAGUGGCAGGGUAGUUUCUGUUUAAUUUGUAAACAAUUCCCUGGCAGUUUGUAAUUUAUUCCCACUUUAGCAUCAGUGGGAGUAGUCCUGAACAAUCAGCAUCAGUGACUUGGGAGAAAUCCCUGUAUCAUAUUUUAUAUCUUACUUGUUUAUUGCUCGAUAUAUACACCACGGUGCCAUGGAAUUCUUUGUACACACAAAGCAUACAAUAUAGUAAAGGGAUUUGAUUGUCUGACCUGCCUGAAUCUUGCCUUCAGAUGGGGCCCAGUAACCCUAUUAAUUACAGCUCAGAUCAGGACCGCACACAAAGGAACUCUCAUACAACAGCGGAGAGUCUCUCGAACAAGGUAGUUUAUUCAGGCCUUGCCACAGGGGAAGCACGACUGGAACACACAUCACUGACACAAAAAACAUAACAAUCUGUAGUAUUCGUGUUAUGAUGGUUACAUAUACAUUUUACACUUUCAAACUAAUUCAUCAGCAACCCACCUUUCCUUACAGUAUUUGUUACUGGUUUACUAGGAGUUACCUCUAUCUGUUUGACAGCCUGGACUUUAUCUCAUAGAGUCAUAGAGUGAUACAGUGUGGAAACAGGCCCUUCGGCCCAACUUGCCCACACCGGCCAACUUGUGCCAGCUACACUAAUCCCACCUGCCUGCGCAUCAUCCGUAUCCCUCCAAACCUGUGUUAUCCAUGUACCUAUCUAACUGUUUCUCAAAAAUGAUGGGAUAGUCCCAACCUCAACCUCAACUACCUUCUCUGGCAGCUUGUUUCAUACACCCACCACCCCUUCACCUUGAAGCUAUGUCCUCUGGUCCUCGAUUUCCCUAAUCUGGGCAAGAGAUUCUGCGCAUCUACGCAAUUUAUUCUUCUCAUUGAGUUUCAGAUUAGGAAAGGGGAGAAGCAAUGAGACCUGGGUGUCCUUGUACACCAGUCACUGAAAGUAAGCGUGCAGGUAUAGCAGGCAGUGAAGAAAGCAAAUGGCAUGUUGGCUUUCAUGGCCUGCAGUUGUACAGGGUCUUGGUGAGACCACACCUGGAGUAUUGCGUACAGUUUUGGUUUCCUAAUCUGAGAAAAGACAUUCUUGCCAUAGAGGGAGUACAGAGAAGGUUCACCAGACUGAUUCCUGGGAUGUCAGGACUUUCACAUGAAGAAAGACUGGAUAGACUCGGCUUGUACUCGCUAGAAUUUAGACUGAGGGGGAACUUUACAAUAUUCUUAAGGGGUUGGACAGGCUAGAUGCAGGAAGAUUGUUCCCGAUGUUGGGGAAGUCCAGAACAAGGGGUCACAGUUUAAUGAUAAGGGGGAAUUUUUUUAGGACCGAGAUGAGGAAAUUUUUUUUCACACAGAGAGUGGUGAAUCUUUGGAAUUCUCUGCCACAGAAGGUAGUUAAGGCCAGUUCAUUGGCUAUAUUUAAGUUAGAUGUGGCCCUUGUGGCUAAGGGGAUCAGGGGGUACGGAGAGAAGGCAGGUACAGGAUACUGAGUUGGAUGAUCAGCCAUGAUGGCGGGAUUGACAUGCAAUAUGAGGAAAGAAUGGGUAUACUGGGCUUGUAUUCACUGGAAUUUAGAAGGAUGAGAGGGGAUCUUAUAGAAACAUUAAAUUCUUAAGGGAUUGGACUGGCUAGAUGCAGGAAUAUUGUUCCCCAUGUUGGGGGAGUCCUAAACCAAGGGUCACAGUUUAGGGAAAAGGGGUAAGCCAUUUAGGACUGAUAUGAGGAAAAACCUUUUCACCCAGAGAGUUGGUAAUCUAUGGAAUUCUCUGCCACAGAAGGCAGUGAAGGUUAAUUUGCUGGAUGUUCUCAAGAGAGAGUUAGAUUUAGCUUUUAGGGCUAAUGGAAUCAAGGGAUGGGGAAAAAGCAGGAACGGGGGGGGGGACUGAUUCUGGAUGAUCAGCCAUGAUCAUAUUGAAUGGCAGUGCUGGAUCGAUGGGUCGAAUGGUCUACUCCUGCGCCGAUUUGCUAUGUUUCUAUCUUGAACAUAUCUUUACCAUAUUGACCUCCUUAUCCAUCAUCCUUUUCCAAUAUGUACACCAUGUUAGAAACUUUACAAUUUUCUUAUAGAACAUGGAACAGUACAGCACAGGAACAGACAUUAGAGCCCACAAUAUUGGUGCCAAACAUGAUGCUAAGACCAAUUCUAAUAUGCCUGCACAUAAUCCAUAUCUCUAGGUUCAAACCUGACCAUGGGUGCUUUCCGUAAGGAUUUUGUACAUUCUCCCUGUGACCGUAUGGGUUUUCUCCGGGUGCUCUGGUUUCCUCCCACAUUCCAAAGACAUGUAGUUUUGUGAGAUAAUUUGCUUCUGUAAAAUUAUUCCUAGUGUAUGGGGAUUGCUGAUUGGUGCAGACCCGAUGGGACGAUGUAUUUCUAAACUAAAUUAAAUGAAAGGAACUGCAGAUGCUAGUUUACAAAAAAAACACGCUAAUUGCUGUAAUAACCCAGCCGCUCAUCUCUAGAGAACAUGGACAGGUGGU